AGGUAAUUGAGGUCCAAGGGAGAAAGGAAUGUAUAAACUGCAGCGUUCAACAGCACCUACAUGUUUAGCAAAAGGAACAUACUAAUUAAGUCAUGUCAGUGGGUAGUUAUUAUAUUCCACCAAGCCUUAGAAGCAGACCAGGCAUCAAUCAGAUUUUGAAAUUUUACCCAUAUUAUAGAGAAACAGAGAAUGAGUAUAAAAGUUAUCUAGAGAAAGAAGCUGCUUUUAAAUCAAAGUAUCAAGCUGAGUACGCAAAGUUGGUACGAGAAUACAAACCAGAAAAGCCCUUAAAUCCGAGCAACCUUAGAACCGAUUUGUAUAGAGCAUUGUGUGAAAGGCAAAGUUCUUCAAGCUAUGUAGACGCUGUGUAUGAAUUUUAUUUCUUAUUUCGGUUAAGUGAAGAGUAUGAUCUACUUGAGAGGCAAAGUAAAAAUCAAAAGCAGCAUAUUUCGGCAACAGUUGGCGCUAACCAGCAACCUGCAGUGCCAAAAACAAGAGUUUCGAACUUUGCAGCUACUGUUUAUACACCUGGAAGACAACAAAGUGUUGAUUCUGCAUUUCCACAAAAUCACAAUAAUGUUAAAAUCAUCGAAGAGGAAAAUGCAGGACUAAAAGUUUUAGUUGACAGGCAAGGCCAAGAUAUUAUUUUGCUACAGAAGGCGAAGAGAGACAACGAACGGGUUAUUGAUGAAUUAAGAAACAGGUUAAGUGGGUUUGCUAGCAAACAACUUACAGAAGGAAAUCCAAAUUUUACGGAUUUGAGCGACAAAAACAGACCAACAAGGAUUGCAGAAAACUUUCAUGCGGUAUAUGAUGACGAGUGGACAAAUGCAUUAGAAGUAUUGUCUGCAACGAAGAAGGGAAAUUUGACCGAAGAACAAGCCAUUCACAAAUUAAUGAAUCUUGUUAAGGAGAUAUACAAGUUUUGUUGCAGUACCGCAACAGACCAGACUUUAAACAUUGUAAUGAACAUUUUAAAACCCUUUGCGAUUGAUACACAACCAGGUGGAAAAGACGAUGGAAAAGUAUUCAGGUCUGAUUUAGAGCCUAAGGUAAAGCUUCUGCGACGUGAAUAUUGUAUGGAACCAAUUGCAAACAUCACAGAGAAAUUUAAGAGAACAAGCGAAGAAUUCAAAACUAUGCAAAAAUACCCAGAAGUAAUUAGAUAUACAGAAAAAUGUACGGAACUUUUCUGGCUUAUGCGAACGGUGGAUCCCCCAAUGGUUUUGAAAUGGCCGGAACGUGGCGAAGCCUUAAACGUUACAUUAUAUAACCAUUACAACAAAAAGGGCGAUAAGGUUUCAUACGCCGUCUGGCCUGCUGUAUUGUUACAUGAAGGAGGAGCAGUAAUGUAUAAAGGCUUUGCCAAACCACAAUAGAAAUUUUAGCUAACGUUCUAUUUUGCAAAAAUUGUAAAUAUUUAUUUAUUGUCAUAUUUAUUAGAUGUUCUUUUAAUAAACUUAUCGAACUUUUACUGCUACA